AUGAUCUCGUCUCUCGCGAUGGUCUCUCCAUCGUACGCCAUUGUGGGCAAUACAGACUCGUCACUUGCACUUGUGCUGUUCAAUGGUGGAAGUGAAGGACAGUUAGGUCUGCUGGAGCUACUGAGUAUACUGGAUACUCAGAUAUCUGGCCCAGCGCGCGAGGACAGCCUGAGGAACCUACUGAAGGUGGACCAGCUUGGUGCUUCUAGAGGUGGCCAUAAAAUAGACCAAGAAGAUAUGGUUAUUCAAAAAUUCGACCCGAAUAGACCCUUCCCUAAAAAGUGCCUGUCUACAGCAGUGGUUGAUGUUUCGUUCAAUGGGACGCUUUUCGCAGCCGCUGGGUCGACUGUACUGACAUGGGACGUGAUAAAGCAGACCAGAACUGCGGUGGCUCGUCUUUCGGCGCCAGACCUGGCAGCUGCUUGUUCUUGGCUACUGCCUCAAUUGGCUGUUUCUGCUGGAGCAGCGUGUGGUGUGAGUUUCUGGGAUACUCGAGUUGGUACUAAGAAAGUGCAUCUGGUGAAGGUAGCAAAAGAUAAUCUAUACGCAUUGAAGGCUGCUGAAAAUGGCGUUUACGCUGCUGGUGCCGAUGGAAAAGUAUACCAAAUAGACCUACGGGCACUGAAGAAAGAGGAAAUUGAUUUUGGUGAUCUAGGAGCAGUUGUGGGUAUGGCUUCUGGAGACCAGUUAGCAGUGGUGUUUGAGUCUGGAGCACUUACUUCUCACUGUUCAUCGAUCUAUCUUUCCAAAACAGCCAUGUCUGACGAAACUAACGGAUUGCCGUUGGAAAAUGAAGCUGCUGAUCAGGAACAAAAUGUUCCCAAGAGCGAAUCCGGCUCUUCAAAUCUUCAAGAAGAGCUCGGUUUGACCCCGAAAACAAUUGUUCUAGCGAAGGUGAAAGGCUAUAGAGCAUGGCCAGCAAUGGUGCUAGAUGAGGAAAUUUUGCCAGAGAACAUCAAAAAAUUGAAACCAAAGUCUGUCAAGCAACAAAAAAAGUCGCUGCCGACAAUUCUUGUUCCUGUUCGUUUUUUCAGUGACGAUACGUAUAUUUGGAUACGAAACCACGACUUGAAGAUUCUUCUAGACGAAGAAAUCCAGCUGUUUUUGGAUAAACACGCUACUGCUGGUAAAAGGAAGGAUGAGCUACUUGUGUUUGCUUACGAAUUGGCUAAGGAUCCACCUGAUAUGCAACAAUUCAACCUCUGGGGCUCAAGAGGUCAACCUGAGGUUUCUGAUUCUUUAGAGGAAGAAGAAGAAGUUGAAGAGCCACCCCAGAAGAAGCUUAAGUUGAAACUCAGUCUCAAGGGCCUGAAAGAUAAGCUGAAAAAGGCUACCAAAGCUACCAAGGCUACUAAGGCUAGCAAGGCUAAGGAAACGAAGAAAACUACCACCAAGUCACAAGCAAAAGCACCUGCUAAAAAGAAGGCCACAACUAAAAAGACAGCGCCAAAAGAGGAGAGAUACACUUCAUAUGAGGAGUAUGAAAAGGAUCUCGAGAAUGCUAAUGAAAGCGAUUUGGAGGAUGAUGAGUAUGGCAGUGAUUGGGGUCUUGGUGAAAGCGUUUACGACUUUGAGACUGGCGAUUAUAUCUUUGACAACGAGAAGGAACAAAAACACUUCGUCAAUGAGUUUCCUUCUCUGGCUCAAUUACAAGAAGAUUCCGCAUACUAUAAUGAGCAGUUCGAUAAUAUCUUCCAGAAAGUUGCUCCUACUUUACUAGAUGGAGAAUUGAAAAACGAAAAUGCUAUUAUUAAGGAACUACGAGCAGCAGGCAAGUUUGCUGAAGAGGCUCCUUUGGCAGUGUUCACAAAGUCUCCACUUUAUAGGUGCUUGCUCGUAGCAGCCCAUAAACCAGAGGAAAAGCUUCCGUUCCAAAAGAUAAAAGAUGCCAUCAAAACCCUAUUGAAGAACUUUUCUUUGGAUACGUGUGAGUUGACUAUGGAAGACCUUGUUUUGCCUACACCUCAAGAAACGCCUAACCAGACUCCAGGUUUAACGCCUGGUCCCGAGAAUGGAAUCAAAGAGGAAGCAGAGGUUGAAGAAGUAAGAGAAACCCCGAAUCCAGAGGCCAGCGAAGAUGCUUCUAAUGGACAAGGAAACGAAGAGAAAGCAGAAUCUGUGGAGGCAGAAACUUAA